AUGGUAAUGUAGGUAUCCUUUGGGCAUGAUAAUAUGGUUUUUGAGGUUAACUUUGUUCUAGGAUUAACGUAACAGACAGAAAAAUUAUGUUGUUAUAGCGAUUUUUGGUGGUUGGAUGACAUUUUUUGAGAUUUUAAGUAAAAUCUUGAAAUAAUUUUUAGGCUUAUAUUAUUGUAAAAGCUGUAGAAGACUCUGCACUAUUUUUAAAUCAAUUUUAAAUUUUGAAAAAGUAUUAAAAAUUUGCAUAAAAACCUCAUUAUUUUCAAUUUCUUCGUCAAAAACACCAAAAAUCUCAAUUCAAGUCCUAAAAACAUUAGAUUUUACUCAAAACCUCACAUCUAAACAACAUAAAAGUACUCGAAAUGAAAAACAAUACAUUUGUUUAACCAAAUUUUUGGAAUUAAAUUGAAUGUAAGCGUUCUCCCGGGUCAUAAAUAUUAAUCAUUCCGUGGUGCGAGCCCUAAAAACACUGUGUUUUCCUCUGUUUUUACUCUCAAAUUAUGUGAAUAUACUAAAGUUAUUCGAUUUUUUAUUGGGGAUGGGUAAAAUACGUCGAAUUCUAUUAUUAGAAACCAGUUAUGGCCAUAAUUUGGCUUUGAAUUUCAAAAAAUUUAGAAAUUAAAAUUUUUUUGAAAUUUUGAUUUUUUUUAUUUUAAUGCCGAGAAAUGAAGUAAAAUACGCAGCUUUUCGUGUCCGUGUCAUAAUUGUACUAAACAUGACAAAAAAAAAUUUUUUUUGAAAUUUUUUAAAAUUUUGAAAAAAAAAUUUUUAAUUAUGAAAAAAUUUUAAAAAUUUGUUUUUUGUAAAAUACGAACUUCUAAGCAUCCCUCAACAAUUUCUGCUUUUAGAAAACGUUUCUACACGCGUGGCGUCGGCUACACGGAAAUGUACGCGCAACCGGCGUUGGACCAGAACAUGAUGAACAACAACAUGAUGGACAUGCAGAUGGCUCAGCAGCAGAUGAUGUACGACAUGAACUUUGCGGACGGCCAAAUGCCAAUGGGAAUGGGAGAUUUUGGCUAUCAAAUGAAUGGCUUCGACGUGAAACAGGAACCAGUUGAUCAGCUUCAAACUGGUACUAUUGGUACUAAUGGUUCCAUUGGUACUAAUGGAGCACUGAAUGGUCAAAAUGGGGUUUUGGGUCAGAAUGGAGCUUUGAAUGGACAGAAUUUACCAAUCGGUCCUAAUGGUACACUUGGUGCACAAAAUGGUGCUCUUUGUUUAAGUGGACAAAAUGGGGCCCUCGGAGGACCGAAUGGAGCUUUGGCUGGACAAAUGGGAUCUAAUGGAGCUAUGAAUUCAGAAAUUCAAGGUUUCGAAGAGCAUGGCAACUUUGUGCACGAUGUAAACUCUGUACACACGAAACCGCUGGACCCGGAAUAUAUCGACCAGUACCUGGAGAAGAACAAGCAUCGUAUCUACACUUGCAAGAAGUGCAAGCUCAACUUCCCUCACCGCGAAUACCUACAACGUCACAUGGCCUAUCACAAUGAUUUGGACAAUCGACCAUAUGGUUGUGGCCAAUGUCCUCAACGCUUUCAUUCGCCAAAACAACUGGAAUCUCAUCAACAGAAACACGCUGAAGACUCACCACAUCGUUGCCAACAAUGUGCCGGAGCGUUCCGAAGUGCGUUGGCGUUGAGACGGCACAAGGAUCAGAGUCGACAGUGCUAUUGCCCACCUUUCGGGGUAUACCCACAACUGGUAGGGAUAACAUCGGAUUUUGAUGGAGUAUUUUGGAGAUUUUUAUAAAUUUGGGUAGAUAUUAGAAUGGACUUUCAUGUUUUACAAGAAUUUCAAAAAACUUUAUUUUCACUUUUUCGAAAUUUAAAAAAUAAUGAAUUUUCUUCCAGCUUUCAUCCCCAACCGCUCCACUCGACCAAUACGCCUUCAUUGACUCGGACAACGAAGCUGAUGACGACUCAGUAAAAGGCCUUCAACUUAAUCGUCAGAAGUCAACGACCGAUUCCGGAAUGGGCUCAGAUUCCUCAACCCACUCAUUCACAACAUCCCCGGUUAGUACGAGGAACAACAACCUGGACGAAGAACUAGACCCCUCUCACCAAAACUCCACGAACCAGUUUGCCCAACCUACUCAGUACAUGAUGAACCCACCAGAUACCAUAAAAGAAGACCCAGAUGGAUUCAGAAGCCGUUUGAACUCGUCUACCACCCAGUCAUGUUCACCUGGCUCAUCCUUCUCCGGAGAGUCGGCUGGCUCGCCAAGUCAACGCAAAUACAGUAAUUCGAUGGGCAAUAAUGGUAGCUCGAUGGGCCCUCACAGUAUGGGAAGCAACGGUCAAACCCAAGGUGAUUAUGGCUAUCAUAUGGGCUAUCAAUACCCAGCCCAAUAUCAACAUGGACAAUAUCAGAAUGGAGCCACUUACAGUCCGACUACGUAUGGUACGAACAGUACUUAUGGUGCACAAGGACAGGACAAAAGUAGAGCUGGCUUUUCUGGAUUGAAAAAUGCUGGAUAUACGAUUAAAAAUGGCAGUUUCGCUUCAAAAAAGACUGAUUUUUGGCGAAAAACCAAGGAUUUUGGGACAAAAAACGACAAAGACACCGCCAAAACCUCGAAAAAAGAUGGAAACCAUAGCUCGUAUUACUUAGUAGAAUCUACUACAUCUAUUGAAGUUACAGCCAGAAUCGCCAUGCUCUCAGGAGACGACUUAUUCAACGAUGAAGACCAACCAACCCUUCAAGCGGUCCUUUUCGAUCAAAUUCAGUCCAAACUAUUGGCUGGAAAAGCGACUUCAAACAUGACUAGCCAGGUGGAUAUGACUGGAAAUGAUGAGGAAUAUCCAGGAGAAGAUUUGUGCAUAGAUUUUGGUGGAGUUGAUGUUGAGGAUGAGGUGGAAAAGGAGAUCAACAAGUGCAUUAGGUAUGGAUGGUUGGGAGUUUUUGGGGGCUUGGAUGGGGUUUUUAGGGUAAAAUAGAGGUUUUUGGGCUUGUUAUGAUUAGGUUUUUGAAUAGAAAUGGUAAUUUUUAGGUAACAAAAUAUUUGAAAAAUGAAUUUUUAGGUAACAAAACAUCAAAAAAAUGAAUUUUUUGGUAAUAAAGUUGAUUUAAAUCUGUUUUAGCAGUUGAAAAAUGGAUUUUUAGGUAGCAGCAAUUUCAAAAUCUUACUUUUUAGGUAACACAGUUAACAAAAAAUGAUUUUUCAUUCAUUUUAGAAUCCUUCUGACCCUGUUCCUAUCGACCGCUGCCACGAUUUCACGAGCCAAAACCGAAUGA